AUGCAAUUACAGCUCCAACGCCAGCUACGAUCCUGGCUCUCUUUCCUCCCGUAUUUCCUGUUUCCUUUCUUCCUUCCAUCUUUUUACUUGCUCUUCUAUCUUUGCUCUUUCUUCCUGCCUAUUUACUUGCUUGUUUCCUUCAUCCAUCUCUCUCACUCCUCCUUUUGACUAUUCUUGAACACAACCUUUCCUCUCCCAUAAUAAAUCAUAAUAACCAAUAAUAGUAAUUAUAAUAAUACUUCACAACUGCAAGUAACCGCAGGCAAAGGCAUACUUCUAUUUUUCAGUCCUUCUCCUCCUCUUCCUCCUCUCCUUUCUGUCAUUUCACUUUUGCCUCGCUUCUCCCGAGUCUCCUUGGCUAUUCUGUCCAAAUUUCAACCCACAAAGAACCUUUCACUUCUUUUCUCACUCUACAGCAUCGGUAAAACACCGUCAAAACUAAUUCUGCGAUCUUAUGACUACAGAGCCAUCCUGGAGAAUGCUAAAGUUUUUUAGUAAAAGUUUCUCGGCUAAAGAUCUCGAGGACAAACAUACACGCGAAUUACUGGAACAAGAAUGCUGGAACCUGCCUCCAUUCGGAACUCAGGAGAUCAGGGUGUUGAUGUGCCAAGAAGUCAACUCUAUCCAGGACGUUGUUCUUUUUGACAGCCAACAAGUCUUAUCAUCAGAAUACAAUCCCGUAGAUAUGCCCCCUUCCCCAGCCAGGAGUUCUUUCAAAAGUAGCAGCAUGAACAGUCUCUUCGGGUCACUACGGAGUGAUCGCUCAUUACCCAUUAACCUCUUGGGCAGCCAAACUGUGCCCAGUAGGCGACCUACAAAACUUAUCCCCUCUAUCAUCCCAAAGCUCAUGUUUGGCACCACUCCACUUGCUUAUAAGGGCUCUUCAACAAAGAUCCAUCUCUUGAACGAACCCAUGCAGAUCAUGCUGACAAAGACAUUUAGCAUCCAUCCUACAGACGUUAUGGCUUACACUGUAGCUUCAACACGCAGGGGAUCAUUUUCUUCUAAUAAUAGCAAUAACACAGUAGAAAUAACUGGGUUGUCAACAAUAAGUGGGCAUGGCGACUAUCGAUCGCACCCUCGAGCGUCACGACCUAUGACAGCCUUUAUACCCGAAUCAGCCUACACACGGGAGGAAUCUAAAAAUGGUGCAGUAUCUUCAUCAUUACCCAAUGCGUCGCCUCUUCGGACACGGACUUCACGUCCAGGAUUUGAUGUUCGAAGAUUAAGACGCGCUAGUCAAACUAGUAUGGAAAAUGGAACAUUCAAUCCAAUGCCACUACCUAGCUCGUUUUCACAUCUAGAUAGUCUUGGAAACGCGAAGCCUGCAUUAACUCAAGCCGCACGCUCAAAAUCAUUUUCAAUCGCUGUGUUCAUCGAAGUCAACAAUAACACUCGGCUACGGGAGUUCGUAUUUUCACAUUUCGCUGUGAUUGAGACUCGUUUACAUCAGCUUCAAGCACUAUGCCUAGAACUACUAUUACCAGUUUGUCGCAGGCUGAUAAAUGCUAAAGCAGGUUUGUCCGGAAGCGGACAUGUGCGCUCAAUACCAGAUCUUACGAGGCUGUCAUUUCAACAGGACCCGAGACUUCAGGAGGCAGUGAGUAGACUUCAGCAAGCGAUUUACCAACUAUACAGCGCGCCACGCAUCCAGGCUCCAUUAUGGCUCAAUAUUAAUACAUACCCGAGUAAACGGGCAUCCUAUUCGGCAUCAUUUAUGACAGAACUCAUUCAUCUUAUGGAAGAAAGUCCAGCCUCAGGACAGCUAGUAUCAGAGGUCAUCUCUGCGGUAUUAAGCUACCAUACAUCGUGGGUCCCGACUAUUGCUCCAACAGAUCAGUCUUUGAUUCGUGCUAAUGCUCAAGGAGCUUAUGAUCCGUUGUGGGCUCAGUUGAGCGAUCUUUAUGGUAAUAUCGGUACCACAUCUAGGAUCAGUCGAACAAUAGUGGUAGGCUCCAAUGCCAGCUUCGUUCGACGGCUUCUUUACAUUCUCAGCUACUUUAUCCGGUGUAAUGAAGUUUUCCAACGCUUGACCGAAUUCAAAGAGGACCCCGAUUCGCUUCUUAAUCCACCGCCACCCCCAACUUAUGAUCUGCCAGAAGACCAUGAGAGUGGUAGUCCUGCCACCUUAAUACGAUCGAUCAGUAUACCAAAGCGCCCUAGAAUCGAUACCUUUGCAGGACGUGGGUCUUCUGUUUCGCGUGCAUCUGCCUCUUCUCGCCUAGCAUCUAUUGGAGAGCCUACAACGCCGAUCAUACCUCACCAUAAUCAGAAUGAGCGAGAUCGGCCUCUCGCGUCCUCCGUUUCUCGGAGGCCUACGUUUGACUCUGUUAGACCACGGAUUGAAACCAAAGACUCUGUAUCGACAGAAUCCACACCUUUUCACUCCCAACCUACGACCCCAACUACGAUUGAGAGUCGUCCUGAUUCAGAUCGAGUGUCUGCAACGGGUGAAGAAAACGGACCUCAGCAGGUGCAGGCGCAACACGCGCCAAACCACCAUCUUCGCGUCGAUACCUCACGAUCAAAGACAUUAUCAUCGGAGAAUUUAGGAAUUGAUCCACCAAGAAGCACUCAUGAUCCUAGUUGCUCUGCUCAAGAUGUGCUUACAAAUGUGCCGCUACCAGCCUCGCGCAUUGUAUGCUCGUUUCCUCCAUUUCCCUCAACUUCUAUGGCCUCGCCUACCAACGGCGCACCAGUUGAGGAAAAGCUCAUCCCGGCCGAUGUCCUAUUUUGCAAAUCAUAUGGUCGAUCAUUAAUGGCGCCUUACUGCGAUCGGUACAUGUCAGAUUUUGCGCUAAUGGGUGUACCAAAGUUUGAUUUUCAGCAUUUCAUGGAAACUGACAUGAGAGAUACUAUGCGACACUUUGAGAUCCAGGAACGUAUAGCAUCCACGGUCUGUAUUGUUGCAGAUACCAAUACGAUGAAGUGCAACAUCUUCUGCGCAAAGCCUCUACCUCAACUCCCCACUGUCUUCAACGCAGGUGAUUUACGUGCAGGUUCGGGCGGUGGAAUUGGUGGCGGACUUGGUGGCCCAAUUGAUCUAAGAGGAGAGCCUGUCACACGACUACCGCACACUGCUGCUAGUUCUUUCAUAGAUGAAACGUUGCACCAAAUGAUGGAUCUAGCCCAUAAUGGACUCACCGCAGAACAAUGUUUAAAUUAUCUGGAAGACCGACUACAUCAACUAUAUCAGUGCAGCCGUAUGCUGUCGUCCAUCGCCCGCGAUCAGAAUAUGGUGAAGGUUUAUCCGACUCUCGAAUCUGUAGCUCCAUUGUUAGGUCUACAUCGCUCUGAUAUGACACUUGUUCUUGCGGUUUGUUCAACUUAUGAUGAACUGACAGUCAGCGUCUACGAGUAAAAUUCUUUUUCUUUUUUUCCUCCCUCGCUUUCACCAUUUUCUCACUUCAUUAAGCUCUUGUCAGGUUCGAUAUACCCAC